UCCAGUUUCAACCCAUCGUCAAUCUCUCUUCUUUCUUCCUUCUCAAGCUCACUUGCUCAAGAACGGGCUUCACUGUUUUCUUCUUUUUCUGGGUUUCCACUUUGAAAUUCAAUCAAACUGAAAACAAAGAUCGAAUCUUUAUUUCCUCUUUCUCAUUAGAUAUGGACAUCGAUUUCUGGGCUUCAAGGGUUCAAUCUGCAAAACACUUCUCUGCUCGUCUCCAUCAUUCAUCAGAUAAUACAUUGACAGUGGACGAUCCAGAAGGAAAUGAUGAAUCAAGAGCUUGUUUCUUAUGCCCUUUCUGCUAUGUGGAUAUUGAAGUUCCUGUUCUAUGCAGGCAUCUAGAAGAAGAACAUUGCUUUGACUUCAAAAAUGCUGUUUGUCCUCUGUGUGCAGCUAACCUUGGAAAGGAUCCAAUUGGGCAUUUCACAAUGCAGCAUGCUCAGUCAGUGAAGAGGAAGAGGAAGUCUUCUAACAAGUCAGGGUUUUGGGGUAAUACUUCGACUUUGCUUGGAAAGGAUCUUCAUGAACUAAGUUCGUUUCUUGGUUCAGUAUCGGUUAGUGGGAAGGGGAAUGUGUCUGAUCAAACGCCCGAUCCACUUCUCUCUUUUUGCAAUAUUCCGCAUGUAGAUUCCAAAUCUGAUCAGCACGAUCAAUCUUCCAGUAGCUUAGCCUCUCCAGAUAUGGGAAGGCAUAAGCAAGCAGAGAAGGAUGGAGUUGAACAACACGACUACGAAGAGAGGAAACAGAGAGCCGAAUUCUUUCAAGAGCUAAUCUUGUCAACCAUUUUCUGAGAAUUGAUUCCGAGAUGUUUGUAGUAGAGCUGAGGUUUUCUGGACUCCUUCCAUCCACAAAUAGAUUUGUGUGUACGAUGUUUGGAGUGUGUACGAUGUUUGGAUAAAAAAUGCAAGAUUGCAUGGCGGCUCAGGUAUUUAGAUCUAUCUACUGUUUUUUACUGCAUAUAAUGUAUUUGUUAGCCUUUUAAUUUGAUGUUGAAUGUAGUAAUAACAGAAUGGUAAAUUGCAUUCAAUGACACUUUCUUUGUUUAUGACGUGUAUGUAUAAUUUGUUUGGUAAGAAAACAACCAUAAAAUAAGUUUAGGUUAUUUUAUAAUUUGU